AUGUCAAUGAAAAAUAUUUUUGAGUUAUCGGAAUUAAAUAAAAACGAACUCACUUGUAUGAUUGAAGCUGUUAAAAUCGAGUUACACGAAAACAUGGAGAAAUUUGAGGAUAUUUUGAAGGAUACAUCACGAAACGACAAUUUCCUGUUGGAAAAACAAAUCAAUACGUGUUUUGAAUUGCAGUGCAAAAUCGACGAUUAUUCAGAAAAACUCAAGGAAAUGGAAUUAACGGAUGAUUACUUGGAGUCGGCAAACACAGUGAUUGAUUUUAUUUCAAACAUCCCUAACAUCGUAAGCGAUUUGGGACCUGAAUCAUUGGUCGUGGUUACGUCUGAAAAAGUCGGAAUGCAGUACAUAAAAUUACUACAUGAUUUAUCAGUGAAGAAUGUCAUCAUCACCACGAUCAGGGCGUUGACGACGGGCGAAGUGAACGUGACUUUGGGCAACGUGAAGACCGCGCUUGUCGACGGAUCUGAAGCAGAAUACCGGAAGUUCGUCGGUAGCGAAACCGUGCGGUUGGUCAUAACAGACCACGUACCGGCUGAUCGGCUGUUCCGCGUAUUGGGUGACGUUCACCGUAACCAGUGUUUUGCGAUGAUUCGAACGAAUGGCGAUGGCAGUGGUGAUGAGGAUAAUAAUAAGAAUUUAAUAUCGUGUGGAAAUCGGCAGAGCACAUGGGUCCAAUGUUCAUUUUGGAGCGGUCGAGGAAAAAAUCUUGAGAUCGGCAUCAUCUCUUUCGAGACUGGAACUAAAGGUAUCAGAGUAUCGGACUAUGGAACAAUCUGUUUAUUUAGAACAACUGAAAGGAGCGUAAUGAGGGGAGUGAUUAAAGAGGAAAGUUCAGAUAAAAAUUUAGUUAGUGGAUUAUCAAUUGCGUGGAUAUUGGGUAGAGGUAUAUUUUUGGAGUUAGUAACGGAGGCGUAA